AAUUCCAUCCAUAUAUUUAGAGAGAGAGAGAGAGAGAGAACCGGUGGGAGAAUUUGUUUUACUAUAAUCUGAAUAGAGAAGAAAAAGAAUCUCAGGAAAAUUUAUUGAAACGAAAAUUAAAUAAUUUCUAUAUAUAGAGGGGGAAAGGGGAGACGGAAGAAUCGCUUCGUAUAUAAGCCAUCAGGAGCUCAAGACUUGUCACAUUUUUUUAUAUAUUACAGACCAGUUAAUCGGAUGAGUAUGUGCGUAUAGAGAGAGAGAGAGCAGGUAAAUAUUGUGUGUGUGUUCAGGAGGCGACGGCCAUGGCUGAAUUCAGUGGGGAUUCCGUUUGCCUCGAUGUGGAGACGAUUUAUCUCGGAGGAAAGGAGCAUAUUAUAAGAACGGCCAGUGGUUCUGUAUCUGUUAUUGUUUAUGGCGACCGAGAUAAGCCAGCUUUGAUCACUUAUCCUGAUUUAGCUUUAAAUCAUAUGUCUUGUUUUCAAGGAUUGUUCUUUUGUCCAGAUGCAGCAGCAUUGCUGCUUCACAAUUUUUGUAUUUACCAUAUUAGUCCUCCUGGACAUGAGUUGGGAGCAGCUGCAAUUUCUGAUGAUCAUCCAGUACCCUCUGUCGAUGAUUUAGCUGACCAAAUUCUUGAGGUGCUCAACAAGUUUAGGCUUGGUGCAGUUAUGUGCAUGGGUGCAAUGGCCGGUGCUUACAUCCUCACCUUGUUUGCUAUGAAAUAUAGGGAGCGGGUUCUUGGUUUGAUUCUUGUUUCUCCUUUGUGUAAAGCACCAUCUUGGAAAGAAUGGCUUUGUAAUAAGGUUAUGUCCAAUUUGCUGUAUUAUUAUGGUAUGUGUGGUCUGGUGAAGGAAUGCUUGCUAUAUCGGUAUUUUAGCAAGGAAGUUCGUGGCGGUGUCGACAUUCCAGAAUCAGACAUAGUUGAAGCAUGCAGAAGACUGCUGGAUGAGAGGCAGAGCACAAAUGUGUUGCGUUUUCUUGAAGCAAUAGAGAGGAGACCUGACAUAACUAAUGGUCUGAAGACACUCAAGCGUCGAACUCUGAUAUUUGUUGGAGAUAAUUCUCCUUUUCAUUCAGAGUCCCUCCACAUGAUUGCUAAACUGGAUAAAAAAUACAGUGCCUUAGUUGAGGUACAAGAUUGUGGAUCGAUGGUUACAGAGGAGCAGCCACAAGCAAUGCUAACAUCAUUGGAAUAUUUUCUCAUGGGUUACGGUCUGUACCGGCCAAGUUAUUUUAGUGGCAGCCCAAGGAGUCCGCUGAGCCCUACAUGUAUUUCUCCGGAACUCUUCUCUCCAGAAAGCAUGGGAUUGAAACUGAAACCAAUCAAGACUCGCCUCUCGUCACAAAGAUAAACACUCCAGUAGAUUCAUCAUCCUCUGUAAAUUGGAAGCCCGAAAUUAGUUCUUUCAUUUGUUUCAUUUUUUCUUCGUAUCAUCAUUGUUCGAAUGAUCAAGCAGUGUAGAAAUUGUUGUAGAUAGCAGCUGGAAAUUCUUUAUUGGACAUAGGGUGGGAGUUUUUGGGUUAUUCAUUCAUUUGUAGUCAGUCAUGACCGUAUCGCUUGAUCUGUAUGAUGUGUAAAUGUUGAAGGCGACAUUUGUGAUGAUGACGAGAUAUGAAUAAGAGCAGAGCAAGUGAGCUGGUGGCUCUUGUUGCUCAAUUAAUACAGA